UUCUUCCCACCUCCCCUCGAGCCCUGAGUGAGCUCCAUCCACCUGAAAUCACAGCAGCGGAUUCUCCAUGAGUCUGUCACUGUUGAAGCCUUCCUUGGUGUUCCUUGUUCUGGCUGGUUCCCGCCUUCCUGCUCCCAUUGCAGCCGUCAUGUCCUGUCAAUCACAUGGGUUGGCUCCAGAGCCCUCCCUUGAGAAGCCCCCACGUUACUCUCAUGAUGCCCUUGACUUCUUUGCCACCACUGCAGAUCCUGCAGGGGUCCUGGUCAAUGGGCUCUCCUUUAACACAGAUGCACCGUGCACACAUACAGUGCAGCCCUGCAUCUAAGGCAUCGUGCUGCUUUGCUUCUCCCUGGACCCAGGGCUCUUCCCUCCUUCUUUCCCCAGGUACUGAUCCAGCCGAAGGUUACAGCUACAGGCUUUAAGAAACCCUGCCCUGUCACUCCCCACAGCCUGUCUCCACCAACAGCCUGUCAGUGAACAUUGGGCUGGGCAUCUAAACCGUUGGCUCAGGGUGUGGUUCUGAGAUUAAACCUGGCGCCUUUCCUGUGGCCCCUCCGAUAAGAGUGAUCCUGGGUGUUUAUCUGGUACUUUUUUUUUUUUCCUUGACCUUUUUGAGUCUAAGAAGUCUGACAAACGCCAACUUCUCUAGGUAGCCUUGGAGAACUUGGUGAUAAGCACAGUGCAUAGCCACCUCCCUGUAGCCUGAUCACUUUCUCAAGGGUGCUUGAGACACUUGGGUUCAAUACAAUCCCUAAGCCCUGCCCUGCCCUGCCCCUUCCUGACCUAGCACAGGAAGAACCUGGAGCAUGAUUAAUAAUUACAUGGGGACAGUGUGUAAACAGCCGCUGCUGUGCAUGGGAACCUUGCUCUGAAGGAUUGUUCACAAUUGAUCUCCUGCCCCCUGUCCCACACAUUCAUGAGCCCAAUUCUUUCUUGGAUGACUCUGGGUGGAGCAGACAGACAGGCUUCCCGAAGGGAGAAGGAGUAAUGCUAGUUCCUGGGGGAAAGAUGGUGGUGAGGAACAGAAGAUACUCUGGAGGUGUGUGGGGGGAAGCAGGUGCACAGAGGAUACUCUGGGGACAUAGCUCUCAGAUGGAAGGGGCCUGGGGAAUCUAGGGGUGAUGGGAAGGUUAAAAAUGUCAGAAAGGAAUAAAAAAAGAGUUCGAGUCGGUUGCAGAGUUUGAGCAUGAGUACUGGGUAGCCACAGCAGGUUUUAGGGCAGUGGUAGCUCCAUGCUGUGCUCAGAAGACUGAGAUGUCAACAAUAUGGACAGUAGACCCUAGACAAGAGACCAACUUUAGAGCUGGGGCUAAAGGACAAGGUGGGAGAGAACGAGGCAGCCUAGGAAUCAGGUGGGUGCAGCCAGGUCCUGGAUUCAAGUCCUCCCGUCACCCCUACUUCUUGCCAAGCUGAGCUUGGCCUAGAGCAGCUGCCCCCUCUGUUGGCUGCUCUGGCAGCCACAGUUCUCCCAGAAAUCGUCUGUAAAACUUCCCAGGCUCAGAUGAAGGUUUCCGCUACUCGCCUGCCUUGGCAAACCAUGAAGGAGGGGCCUCGGGUCGGGGAGGUGCCAAGCCUUUGUUCAGAUGCUGGCCAUGGCUGGACGCACUGCCCAUUGUUUCCCUUACUGUUGGCGACCUUGGGCCAGAUGGCAAGCAUUGCUUGGCUCCUGUAGACUAGCACGGUAGAAUACAGCCGGGCAGAAUGGCUCUCAGUCCCUCGGUAGCCUUGGACAAGGCUCUUCCCGUGGGGAUACUCGGUGCUCCUGUGUCUGUGUUCUGAGGGCCUGAGACACCCCUCUGGCCAGUUGGGGUUUCAGCAGCCAUCGUGGAAAAUGUUCAACCCCCAAGGACCAGGAGCUUCCAUCAGAUGUCAAACUUGCAGCCCCAGGAUGGGUCUCUGGUGGGUCAGAGGCCCAAGUCUGUCUUUUGCUGCUGUUAUUCACCCUGGGUUUGGGGGACACCAAUCAUGGGGUUUGUGCUAUAAGACCAAGUAGAGAGUUGGGAUACUGGCGUGUUUAUGGUUUUGAACUUUAUGAUUUUGAGCUCGGUUCAGGUCUUAGCCCCCGUCUCCCCUCUGUGUCACCGAGUUAAAUUACAAAACCACAGGCCAGAAGGAUAGCUCAGUAGGUAGAGUGUGUAUCUAUCACAUACAAAGCCUUAAAUUCAAGUCCUGCAAUCCCAACAUUUGGGAGGUAGAGGCAGGAGGAUCAAAAGGUCAAGGUUGUCCUUGGCUGCAAAGCAAACACAAGGUCAGCCCACACUCUGAGAGACUCUGCCUCAAAACACAAAUGAGGGAACAAGCGACCAAGUGAACUGACUCUGUACCUCAGUUUCUCUACUCUUGAGAUGGUAAUAAUGGUGGCACAUGUUACCCCUCUGGUGUGAGGAUACCCCAUAGAGGGCUUAGAGUGGAGCUGGCAACUAGAAGUGCUCAGGAGGGUUGGCUUUGCUCCUGUGAGAUGCAUAGAGGGCCUGAGAUGCAAGUGGGACUAUAUGGGAUGUUUUGGUAGAAUGAGGCUGGCUGGACCUCGUGUAUGUUGGCUGAGUCCUGGAUGAUGCUGGUCUCAUCAUCCCCAGAGUCCCUUCCUCAAUGGUGUAUCCCUUUCCCUCUGGCACCUCUGACCUCUCCUGGGCCACAUGGAGAAAUGCCUUCUGUUUUGGUUUGGUCCUCCCUAUACCAGGCUUUGGCCUCUGGUUUGGAAAAAUGAGAUUGGGCCACAUGAUGAGCCCUGAAGCUGGGCCUCUCUCCUCAGCAGUGAUUCCUUCUGAGAAUGAGACUGGAGGCCACUGUGACAAGUGCUGGGUGCAGCCUCAGUGAUCCUGGGGACAGAUUUGGAAACUGAGUCUAAGGAUGCUCAUCCUUUCUUCGUGCUCAGCUGCUCUGUGAAGAAGCAGGGGGGAGGGGGGCUCCAGGAGGAGCAGUGGGUGCUCCAGAACAUCUCCAUGGCUGAGUAUGGGUGGAGUUUCCUGCAGCCCCGCCCCUCUUAUCUCCUCUGGUUUCCUGAGGUUCUGGGAGCUUGUGUAGCUGGGUGUCCUGAUUCUACACCGGGCCCUAUUGUGUGGGAGCCUGACCUUUCCUUCAGUUCAGCCCUCUCCCCAAGGGUGAGCAGCACACGAAACAACAGGUCAGCAGCCCACAGACCCUGAAGGCAGCUAAGGUGGGCAGCUCUCAGCCUAGGCACCUGUAAACCUGCUUCCUAUCAGUCCUUUGCAGAAAAUGCCAAGCACUUCCCUUCUUCCCGCCCAUGGUGCACGCAGCUUGGGUUUGUACCUCUGGCGAUCCCCUGUUUCCUUUUCUGGAAAAUUGUCAGGGGCCUGAAGCGGCUUCCACAAGAAAGGCUGGGAAGGGGUCGGUGUGUUCCAAGGAUGGCUGGGUCCUUAGAACAUGCUCUCUGUUAUCCUCUCAGGUCACUUGAGUGUACCUGUUUAAGAACGGGAAAACAGGGACUAGACAGCACUUCCCCACGGCCUCUUAGCAGGGGGCCUGCUUAGGUCUUUCCUCUCUCUGUCCCACCACCCUGUGCUCACACUCACCUCACCUUCGGAAGGCUGACUGGGCUAGGUCCUCACUCAGCUCUGCUCCCCCUCCCCUGGCUAGGUGGGAGGAGUAGGGGUCCUUCUUGUAGAGCCCCAAGCUUUUCCACUUCCAAGUCCUCUGCCUCCAGCAGGGUGCUCCAGACUGCCUCAGGCCUCCUUAUCUGUACAUAGUGCAAGAAGAGCUUUGCUGGGAUCUCCACUGCUCAGAGUUCAGGUAGGAGAAAGAAAACAGACUCCCACAGCAGUCACUGGAGAUUGCAGGGGACAUCCCAUCCCAUCCUCCCAGUCCCUCUCUCAAAGUCAAACAUAGCCAAAGCAAAGAGGCCUCAGGAGAACCACGUAUGUGCCUGGCAUGACUAAAAAGCCACCUUUUUCCUUCUUCUGUUUGGACUGUCCUCUACACCACCUCCCUUCCUUGAUAAACAAAUCAAUCUGCCAUAUCCCCUCCUCCGGGAAAACUUUCCUGGUCGAUGAGAAGAGGCGGGGCUCUGCUGCCCACAGACCCACACUGCCACUUCCUGUCCUGAGUCUCAGCUGUCCUCACUCAUGCCCUGCAGGGCUACAUGAUGGUACAUCACAGAUCUACUUUCCAUCUUGUCUGUAGGCAGGGGUGCUCAGCUGGCUGGUGUCCAAGCCAGUGUAGAGCAUGAAAAUGUUUCCCUGGACAGGGGUGUCAGUUUGUUAUCAUAUCCCAACCAUCUCUCUCUGGAUAAGAGACUUACCAUACUAGCACAUGGAGCCUGGGUCCCUCCCAUAGCACACCCAGUCACAGUCUGCUCUUCAAGACUCUGACUGUAAGAAGUUUGGUCAAUUCGCUGGCAGCCAGAAUCAGGGAAAGUACUUUCUACCAAUAGCAAACAGCCGCAUUGGUUAUCUCACGGUAAGAACUCGCGAGUGGUUCUUUGCUUUCUUGCAGUGACUUCCAGCUCAGGUGGAAGUAACCAUGAGUUGUGCUCAGCCGCUGAUACAGUAAACAGCUUGCGGCAUGGGAGAGUCCUGACAGUUCAGCCCCUUACCGCUCAUGGUGCAACUCUGGACUAAUUGGCAUUCCCUGGGAGUGUGUUAGAACACGGCAUUCGUAGGUUCUACCAGUUGGACUUAGCAGUCAGAGACUGCAUUUUAAGAACUCGAGUUCCUGUGAAAAGCUGAGACAUGCCAGGGGCUUAAGACGGAGGCUUCUAGAACAGAUGUGUAAGGUCCGUACAGGAAUGCCUGUUAUACUUCCCCUCUGUCCUCUGUGACUUCGUGGCCCCUCAGGUCGGGCCCGCCUGAAAAAAAAAAUCAGUCUGCCUUUGACCCUUGUCCUUUGCUGUGGCAGGGUCGGGUUCUGAGGACUGUGGGGCUCUCUGUACACACACUCUGAGCACUCUACACGGGGGUUUCUGAGGCAGGUGGUAGGCAUAUGCCUCAGCUCAGGAGUGACUGGGCAUCCUCUGUGGUUCUGGGCAUCCCUCAGUAACAGGCAGGGGCACUGUGUUAUCGUGCCAGGCUUGGGUGCCGUACUGCUGCUAGGAUAGGGCAACCAGCUCUAGAGACCUGGAGAGGCCCUUCGAUAAGCCACAACUUGAGAAGAUAGACUCUUGAGUCCCCAUUCUGAUCUAAAGAGUGUUACUGUGUGGAGGAGGAGGACACACUUGGACUGUGGCCUUGAAGCACAGCCCUGGAGCAGGCGGCUGAGUAACUCGGAAAGAAUGAAAGAAGCCACUCAGAGCUGCCCUGAGAUGGGGUAGGUUUCCUGGGAAGGGAAGAUAUGUCAGGCAGGGGGCAAUACUUACCAAGGAGCUUUCUCAUCUGAUAAUGAAUUUAUAGCCCUUCAGUUCCAAAGCAUCUGUGGUUCAAACACUGCCUCCUCCAGGAAGGCCUCUAAGACUUCUGCCUCAAUAACCAGCCUGUUCCCAGUGGCAUCUGGCUGUGCCCUGGGUCCUUUAGUCUUUCUUAUGAGUGUGGGCUCCCUGCAGCUUGCCAUCCUAAGCCAUGGGGAUGACCAUCCAUCCUAAGCCGUGAGGGUAAUCAGAAAGGAAGAAAUGAACCGUUCCUGGUUCAUGAAGUAGCAUGUUCUUUCUGAUGUGCCCAGUGCCUUGCUGGAGCCACUCUGCCUGGCAGAGGGAGGUGGUGGCCUGCUAUAUAUAACGUUUAGGGAAUCACUUGAACCUGUAACCUCAGUUUACUAAUGUGCAGUGGGGUUGUAGUGACCAAAGCCCCAGCUGCUCCCAUGUUCUAAGAUCCUGGGAGUCAGGGGUGGAGUUCAACACAGGGACUGCAGAGCCCCAGAGUAGAAGACAGGGAGUCCCUGGAAAGUGACCUGGUGGGCCACAGUAGCAGAGCAAUACCACAAAGCAAGGAGAAUUUGUGUGGCUCCGGGGGCUGGACUGGGUGUGGAGCUUACAGAAGGGGGCCAUGUCAUCAUUUUCUCAUUAGAUGUGACAGUGAUCGCCUGUGUGAGAUGAUCUUGCUGGCCCGGUGGGCUCCUGGAAUGUUGGCUUCACAUGAAUAGAAUGCUCAGAUGGACUCAGGGGGGGAGGGGUCUCCAAGGCAGUGGGGCAGGGGCUGGUCACGCUCUCUCUGCCUCCCACCCCUAGUAUUCAGCUCCCUACCCUGGCUCACAGGUCCACAAUACCCGAGGAAAUAAAGCAUGAACCAGAAUGGUCUCAUAGGUGCCCUGCCUGUCUUUGCUCCAUGGGGGUCUAGCACACACACUGGUACUGGCUGCCUGAGGGGCUAGAGAUGUCUAGCACUGUUCAGCUUGGAGAAUGUUCCCCAGCUGUCCUGUCUGCAAAGCCUGCUCCCCUCCUGGCCAAGGGCAGAGGGCACCCAGGGUACAGAGUACUGCCAGGAGAUGAAGAGAGACUAGCACAGAGAGAGAGCAGAGUGUCUCCCUAAGGAAGACCAUAAAUCAGGUGGCCCCAGGAAAUCCCACUGCUGUAUCCCUUUUUGUUCCCUGUACCAUUAAAUUCAGCUCCAUGAGUAGAUGAGGAGAGUCAGGUCCCUAUACUAUGAGCCAUACACGUGAUAAUAGCUGUGAGCACUUGGAAGAGACAUGGGACGCAAGUACAGGGACCAGGGCUACUGAUAGCAGGGCCACAGUCCAUGGUGGAGGUUCAGAUGUCUGUGAGGCUAUCUUUAUUCUUUGUGAGCAUAUUCAUGCAUGCAUAUGAGUAGUGUCCCUGUGUCUACAUGUUCCUAUGCAUGGCACCUAUGUGUGACAUAUGCAUGCGUGGGUAAACAAGUAUAAACUAUGCAUGUUUGUAUUCAUGUGUGUUUGAUCAUGCAUGUGAAAGCGUGUGUGUGUGUGUGUGUGUGUGUGUGUGUGUGUGUGCAAGCAUCCCAUGCACAGUUAGGGAGAGACAGAAGGGACAAAUAGGCCUAUCUCGUGACAUGUGGUACUCUUAGGGCUUGCAUGGCUUGUCAAGGGGGCUUGGGGUGGAGAAGUUCAGGGAAACCAACUCACAGGAACUUGUCAGAGAGGCUAAUGAGAGUUUAGCUACAUGGGGCAGAUGUGUGGCUGCUAAGAGCACUCCUGACUGGUGGUGGUGGGCCAAGCCACACUACACCUUUGUGGGCUCUGAGUUCUUCAGCGGAGCAAUGUCCUCCCUCAAGGCUCUGGUGCCUAUGGGUAAGCAGUGUCACUGGGAGCCCAGCCCAGAACAGGAGGCUUGCUUGGAGAAGGUGUCUGGGACUUGCUGGGCUUUGCAUGCUGGAAACCUGCAACCACCAAAAAAGCCAGAGAGGUCUUGGCCCUCAGAGCCCCUGAUUCUCCUGCAGCAUCACCGGAGGAGGCCUCAGAAAAUUGGAUUUAGCUGAGAGGUGCAGGAGUGGUGUCGUGAUGGUUCUCAUCUGUUGACAGAACCCACAAGAAGCAGUGGAGUGGCAGAGGCCGUCAGACCCCAUUCAAGGCUGAGACCCCAGUGCCAGCCCAGGGGGCCCAGCCCAGAGGUAUUCAGAAGGGGGUAUACCCCAGGGAGACACUGCCAAGUCCCUGCCCUGUGGCCUGGGUCUGAACACCUGGGCAGAAUCUGUGGGGAUUGUGAAGAGCAGGGACAGCAUGGGUGGGGUGUUAUGAAGCCCUCAGAAGCUGAGCAGUCAGGAGGAUGGAGGGACCGCUGGGCUGGAGGGGAUGUUGAUGGCCACUCUGUUGGUUCCAGACCUUUCUGCUGCCCAGGUAUUGUGGUGCUUUUCAAGAAAGGCUCUUUUGUAAGCCGCCAUCUGAUGAAGCGGAUUUUAGUCAAGAAGGGAAGAAGGGGAAGCUGGGUAUGGCUAGCAGAUCAGAAGAACACAGAAGGCCAGAUUGUUAUGGAUCCAUCCUGGUGCCUCUCCCCCAAGCUCUGGACCAUGUUUCCUUUCUUUUCUCAGCCCCAGUUUCUCCAAAGACUUCAGAGCAAAUGGUUUCUGGAUCCCUUCUCUUGAGGCUUUAUAAUGCAACAAGGCAAAGACAGGAGAUGUCUAAAAAAGGCCAGGAUAGCAGGGAGCCAGGAUAGCAGGGAGCAGGAAGCUGCAGAAGGGCUGGGCCCAGAGCAGAGAAGGAACCCAGAGUGAGGAAGUCCUUCCAAACCGCUUACACACAUGACACUUCCUCCCAAGGCCCCACCGAGCAGCAGAGCCCCUGUCCUGUCCUGCCUUCUCUGAGGGUGCGGUCAGGCUGCCCAUUUCAGAAACCACCAACAGUGUUCUCUGCAAAGUGGGAGGAAGCCGCCCUCCUGGACCAGCAGGGAUUCCCAUUGCAGAACAGGCUUGAGAAAUGGUGACGAUACUCCCUCCUGGAGGUCUCUGCCAGCCCCGAGUGGGUUGGGGUAGAGGCAAGGGCAGCCCUGUCUCCUCGGGUGCCCUCCUUGGACCUCAGCCUGAUUCUUGAAUCUCCGUUUUUAAUCCUGGAUAUGAGACAAGGAUCAGAGUGGUACAGACUCCACCAGGCCAAUGGCAGCUUUUUUCCAUCCUGUCUCAGACACUGAUCCACUAUGGCCAGAAAACGGCGGGUAAAACGUUAAAAUAGAAAACCCCACUGUCCAGAAAUGGGUGUGGUUUUGCCCCCUCACCCCAAAGACAAGAGGCCUGGCUCAUGGCUCAAGGCAAGCAGGGGUGCGGAUGAGGGUAGGGAGGAGCAGGGUGAAUGGGAGGCAGUAGCCAAGAAAAUUAUUAAAUUGUUCCAUCCCUGCUGAAUCACUGGGGACCUGCUAAAUCCGUUUUUGAUUUAAGAGUGACCCUGCGAUACCUAAAUGCCCAGGCACUGCCUCUUAGACAGGAGGCUCCUCCCUUCAUACGCUGGGAGAGGCAGGUGUCCUUCCCUUGACAGCAGGGGCAGAUGCUUACGGGAACUCCCACCAUGCCCAGCUCCCUGCUCCCUAAGCAACCUUAGGGACCUAGCCUUCCCUGGGCUCAUCGUGGGAUGGUCCAGGGUGCCAUCACAGUGGAGGGGCUGCAGGAGCGUCUGGGAAGAAGGAGGGGUGGACACUGUGGCAGGGGAGGAAUGGGAAUGGCCACAGCAGGUGUAAUGAGCUAGACCACAAGACUGGGAAGUGGGAGGCCAACAUGAGGCCAUACCGUGCUGUGAGGAACCUGAGCACUGGGCAGAGGAGCUGAGCUUCCAAGGCACCGAGAAAUCCCACGCCCUGGUCUUGAGCUGACGUUAUCUUCCUCAGUGUUGGAGGGGCUGACCCUGUCUCACAUGAGGAGGGUGGCUCCAGAUUGGCACCUCUGGCCAUGAACUCCUGAGAGGGGUCUAGAGAACCAUGGCUAACAAGUCCUGCCUGGAUGACAGCCAGGAGAGGGGUAUAAUCGGGUGCCCCCCUGGGGAGAGUUUUCGGACAAAGCUGGGAGCCCCAAUUGGUAGGCCAGGAAGGGAAAGGGGCCCACUUUCCUCAGGCCUCAGAGGGAAUAUCCUAUCUUCUCCUCCUGCUUCACUGUUCUAACUUCCAACUUAGGAAAACUGGAGCCAGCUGGGAAAACUCAUCCAAGCUAUUGGUGAGCUUAUGGUGACUGUGGGCUGCCAAGUCCCCUCUUAUCCCACACUCUCUUCCUGGUGGACCUUCUGGAGGGACUAAAGUCAUUCCUCGUUCCUACUGGCUUAUGGAGAAUAUCUCGGCUGGCAAGAGGUGGAGUCCAUUCCUUUCAGCUCCUCUGACUGACAUGUCACAGAAGCUAGGCAUUGAAAGAUGGACCACACCCGGGGACGUUUCCUUUCCAUACACCUAAUAAUCCUGUCCUUAGCCUGCACCUGGGGCUCUGGUCAUCACCCUCUGAGACGGAGACUCAAGUUCUGUGGCUCUCUGAAGAAAUGAGACAGCCCCAGAUGAUCCUAUGAACAGCCGGCUCUGACUGGCACCAGCCUCCCUGGGCAUGUCGGGAGCGGGACACAUCUGGAAAAGCACUGACUAGGACAAAACCGUGGCUGCCCCCAGGGCCCCAGUGACCUCAAGUCCCGCCUGGAGCUUGGGCACUAGGUUGGAGGGCACCUGCUUUAUUUAGUCUGGCCUGAGCCUGGGAACCUGUUCACAGGAAAGACACAUGAGCCAGUCCCAGGGCACUGGGACACCCUGAAGGAGAAUCACAGCCAGCACCAGGCCUUGAGCCUAGGGCCUGACUGCACUGCAGGGUUCUGGUUGCUCCCUGCUCCUCUGUGAUCUCACCUUCGACCACUGCAGCCCUCCCCAGCCCAGCCAUGCGUGGAAGCUGGAACUGCUUUCACUAGCACCCCUAUCCACACUGAGGCUUGUAGCCCAAGGCCGUUCGUUGGCCUUUGUUCUGGGCCAGCGAACUGGGUAGAAUAACCUGUGCCUUGGGGACCUUUCUUUGAGGGGUGGUACUUAGGCUCUGGGAUCAGGACUAAGUGGUGGGGCAUCCCUUUCCCUGGCACAGCAAGACACUGCCCACUUUUGGCCUGCCUCUCCUGGCCAGCCAGCCAGGAUUGUGACAGGCCAGUGAGAAAGAGCUUGGAGUAUAGGGCCUUUCUGCCUGACAUCCGGCCAGGAACCUUUCCACUUUUCCUUGCAAAUAGCCAGUUUAGAAUUGCAGUGGCCCUUUGACAUCGUGGGAGGUCGUGACAGAUAAGGUCCCCACUGGUAUUUCUGGCAAUACCUGCAUUCUGAUGGCAUCUCCUACUGUUGACAUCACCUUUGUCCAAAGAAUGAAGUCAUGGUCAUCGGCUCAGUUGUAAAUUGGGUCUGCACGGAGUUUGUGAGGUGAUGUGGAGGAAGGGAAACUUCCAGAAGACAAGGGGCUGGUCUCUGUGGCCCAUGGUUGUCCAGCCGUAUCCUAAAUGGUAUUUGGCAUGCUAUCAGUGCUAAUAAAAUACCUGUGCUAGAGAAGAUAUUGGUAGCUCCCAAGGAAAUCUUGACACUGCUCCCAACACACACACACACACACACACACACACACACACACACACACACACACACACACACACACACACACACACACUUUAGUAUCUGGUCCUGAAGAUACUGCCAUAGCCUCUUGGGACAUACUUAGGCCCAAAAGGGCUCAUAUUGCUCACUUGGUUCUGUUGUGAUAUUCUGCUGCCUGGCCACACCAGGCUCUGGAAAGUGCUUCUCCUCCUGUUUUCCUAGAAUCCUCCUGGCUGGGUCCCUGAGCCAGACAGCAUCAGAUCUGAGCCUUGCACAGCCUUGCAGACUGAUCUUUGGUUAGAGGCCUCUGGAACUGAAGAACCAGUUCCUAGAGGGGCCAUGCCACUGUCAGGUCACAGGGAACCUCUCAGAAUAAAGGAUGUGGUGGAGGUUCGGGGAGGUGGUCCAUCAUACUGGCUGCCUCUCUAGAGGGUUAAUAAGCCUUUGAUUACCUCCAGCUGCCAAGACUGCCUGGGCAGAGGGGGCCAAGCAGCCUCUAUACCACCGUUCUGCUCAGAGCUCCUCCCUCUUGGCCUUGUAAGUAUUUGGGUGCAUAGUUGUGAAUGCAUUCCCAACCAGCCACCUGCUCCCAUCAAACACAUCACAGGAUCCCUGCAGGUCACAUCCAGUACCAGGGCUACAGCUGGACAUAAGGUGGCCCUUAGGAGACAGUAUUAUCCUCUGUAGGGUGGACCCUGGAUAGAAGGUGCUUGGACCACGAAUUCAUCCUGCUCCACCUUGACAGAUGUCAGAUUCAAAGAUGUUCUUCUCUCUCAGUGGGCCUUGGUUUCCCACCUCUAACGGGUAAGAGGCCAAUGAUCCUGCGAAGGAUUAAGGUGGAAAGAGAGGGGACCUGCUCAUCUCAGGCCCUGCCCUGUGAUUACAGAGACAGCCCCUCUGCUGGGCCUGGUUCACUUUCCAGCACACUCACACAGUAGGUGAGUGACCAGUUCUCUGGUCCUUAACUCCAGAUUCUGGGGGUGCACAGGGAAUGGGGUGGGUGCUGGGUCUGCAGCAUGGCCUCCUCCCUUCCUGCUGUUGGAAAGUGCCUCUGGCCUCUCUCUUGCCUCGUUUUUUGUAUCUCGACUCUGGUUCAGCCAAAUGUCCCCUCUGCUCAGUGUGUGUGCUUCCUGUUUCUGAAGUAUUGUUUUUGUUUUCUGUGUUGCUGGGGUUUGAACCCGGUGCCCAGACAAGUAUUCUGUCCCCGGGGGCUAUAUCCCUAGCUCUUCCUGCUGUCUCCCUGUCUGGCUGGGAGACUCUCUUUCGCUUUCUACUCUCACUCUGAUAAAGCUUGCCUCUGCCCUGUCUGUCAUUCUGUCUCUCUGUGUCUGGGUCUUAGCCUCAGCAUGUGUGUGUGUCCCUUUCUCUCCUUUUCAGGUCCAGCUGCCUUUCCUCCUAUCUCCCCAGUGACCUGCCAGCUCCAUUGCCUAUUAGAGGAAAACAACAAACAAACAAACAAACUAACUAACUAACUAACUAACUAACUAACUAACUAACUAAACAUCACUCUCCUCAUUGAUUCACAUUGUUUUAAGUUUGAGGAUUUGAGGGAGCUUUCCAACAGUCUUGCCUGGCUUAGGCCUAUCCUUGCGGGCAGAAUAGUAGGUGACUCCCAGAAAGCUUCUCUACUCCCAUCAACUGAGGCCUGGGUGGUGGGGGGACAUCCCCAAAGUGACAUGCAGCCCCUUGACCCGGGCCGGGACAUUGGAGGCCAGACUGGCUCUCAGAUCCCUGGGCCUGAGGACUUCAGAUUAGUAACCGCUCAGAGCGGGAUGGGACAGGCAGGCGGGUGCGGGUGCCACCUCCAGGGAGGGCAACGUUCAUCCUGAGAGUCCAGUCAACCCCUAUUCCCCGCCCCUCUGGAGUGUCUGGCUCUGCCCUCAGGCACCCUUGAGCUUUGCAGGCUGGGCGGGGACACCUGGAUUUCUCUGGCCCCCUGAGAAGGGCCAGCUUGGAAGAAUUUCCCAAAGCCUAUUAGAGCAACGGCUGCCUCCUGCCUGCCUCCUCAGGCUGGGCAGGGCCGAGGGCUGAGGCGGGUGGAGGGAGCAAGGGAGGGCAGGAGGGGGAGAGGAGGAAGGAAAAAGUUGGCAGGCAGACAGCAGAGCCCUGUCUGCAUCCAUCGCAGAGAGGAGGCCCGUGUGGUGUGGGGCGGGCCAGGAGCAAGGAGAGGCCUUCCUCCCUUUGUGCUCCCCCCACCCAGCCCUAUAAAUAGGCCCAGCCCAGGCUGUGGCUCAGCUCUUGGAAGGAUUCGAGCACCAGGCAUCCAGCAGUGAAGUCGAGCCCCCUGCCAGCAUGGCCAGCGAAUUCAAGAAGAAGAUCUUCUGGAGGGCUGUGGUGGCCGAGUUCCUGGCCAUGACCCUCUUCGUCUUCAUCAGCAUCGGCUCUGCCCUAGGCUUCAACUACCCACUGGAGAGAAACCAGACACUGGUCCAGGACAACGUGAAGGUGUCGCUGGCCUUUGGUCUGAGCAUUGCCACCCUGGCCCAAAGUGUGGGUCACAUCAGCGGUGCUCACCUCAACCCAGCUGUCACACUGGGGCUACUGCUCAGCUGUCAGAUCAGCAUCCUCCGGGCUGUCAUGUACAUCAUCGCCCAGUGUGUGGGGGCCAUCGUCGCCACUGCCAUCCUCUCGGGCAUCACCUCCUCCCUAAUUGAGAACUCACUUGGCCGCAAUGAUCUGGCUCGAGGUGUAAACUCCGGCCAGGGUCUGGGCAUCGAGAUCAUUGGCACUCUGCAGCUGGUGCUGUGCGUGCUGGCCACCACUGACCGGAGGCGCCGGGACUUAGGUGGCUCAGCCCCCCUUGCCAUUGGCUUGUCUGUGGCUCUGGGACACCUGCUGGCGAUCGACUACACUGGCUGUGGUAUCAACCCUGCUCGGUCAUUUGGCUCUGCUGUGCUCACCCGCAACUUCUCAAACCACUGGAUUUUCUGGGUGGGGCCAUUCAUUGGGGGUGCCCUGGCAGUGCUGAUCUAUGACUUCAUCCUGGCCCCACGCAGCAGCGACCUCACAGACCGCAUGAAGGUGUGGACCAGUGGCCAGGUGGAGGAGUACGACCUGGAUGCUGAUGACCUCAACUCCAGGGUGGAGAUGAAGCCCAAAUAGAGGAGGCUUGGCCUAGGCAUCCAUAUGGGGGUGGGGCAGGGAUGGGCGGAGGGAGGGGAGGGCUGAAAUCAUAUUGUAGACACUCUGACAGGCUGACCAAAGACUCCCCAAGACCUGCCUGACCUGAGUGGUCCUGCCUUAUCUGGGGCAGCAUUAUCACUGUCUUUCUUUCUGUUUCCUGGUCUCAGAGCUUCCUGGGGACCAAGAUUUAUCAACUCAGCACCUCAUUCCAUUGACAUCAUGGAGGAGUGAAAGGGAGGGACCCACCCUGCUAGUUGUCCCCUCAGAGUGUGCUAGGAAGUCCCCCUCAUCCCAAAGUUGCCCAGCAAGUCACCCACCUUAGGUGCCUGGGAUUCUGCCAUUGUUGCUUCGUGCCUUUGAUCAUGGCCUUCCUUGAGUAGGCCUUCUGUCCCCAAAGGCACUUUGAGGGAGAGGAGGUCCCCUAACUUCUGCCUUUGGUCUGACUUACCUCCGAGACCCUUCCCCUUAGAUUCACUAUAGGACCUUGAAAUUGUCCCUCUGCUGGGGCCUCAGUGACCACAUCUGGAAAGUGGCAAGGAAGGGACAGCUAUGGACAUAAGUGUGGACACGCCACAGGAGCAGUCUAGACAACACUGCUUUGUCUACCUGGCCCGAGCUCUUGCCCAACAUCCACAGCCCAUGAGCACAUGUGGAUGAACUAGGAAGCAGAGACGUAGUUCAGGACGCUGGAAGUGCCUGUCCCCCAGAGAGGCUUCCUUUAGGUAGGUUUGCUGUAGCAGAAUGGAGUCUGUUUUGUCGUGGAGGAAGAGCUCACACUCUAUUAUCUAGCUCUACUUGGUCUGCCCAUCUAGCAUGGCACUGACUGGGUAGUUUAUUUCAGUUCUCCAGUCCCCCUUGGAGUGUAGGUUUGGGGAAUGGGUUUGUUAAAGAGCAUUGAACUAGCUGCAACACCAUGUCUAAGGAGGGAAGCAGUGGAUGUGGAGCAGUCCAGGGACGGAUGCCCAUGCUGGGCAUGCAGGGGCUUGGGUGCCCCUAGUUCACAUCAUGAUGAAGGAGGCCACUCUUGCCCUGGCUUAUGAGCUCCUGGCCAGCUGCCUUUGGUCAGAGGCUGGACAACCUGAACAGGCUGACUGUGUGACCCUAGGCAUCGUCUUUCUUUAUUGACCCGAUGAUGCAGCCCAAGGACAGUUCAGAGUAGAGUCAGUUCAGGGGUUGGCAUCUUGAAUUCAGCUCUCUAAGUUGGUCCAUUGCAUCCCAUCAGGCCGGAGCGGCUCCACUACCGUGCCCUUAACCAUGUUGUGAACAUAAACUGAGAGAUACAUUCUUCAGGUGCUCAGGAGCAACAGGACAGUCAGGAGGCCUGUGGCUGCACACUCCUCUCCAUUCCCUAGCAGGCACUGUAGCCCACUUAACAGAGAAGGACACUGAGGACCCAUGGGCCCAACUAAAUCAUAUUGGGUCAAUCUUAGCAGCCAAGGCCAUGUCUGGUCACUCCCUGGUCCUCUCACCUCCAAUUUCUCAGUUUCUGCCUGGGUAAUGGCUCAGGGCCCAGGGUGGUGGUGAGGGAUAUGCUGGAGGGGGCGGGGCAGACCCAUCCCACCUGGUUCUGGCCACUAUGAUCAAGGACCCCGCAUCUGUCUGCUCUGUGUAUGUUUCUUUGCAAUUGAAAUUUCAUCUUAUGGUAAGAAAAUAAAGGACAAUGACUUGUAAGGUC